AUGGUAAAGCAGGUCACACCUGUGCGAAGAGUAACAGCGUCGGGGAAGGGGGCGGGCCGUGGUGCGUGGGUUUUCGUCCCCGAGAAUGCCAACCUCGCCGAUGUGCUGGCAUCCUCAGGCUUAGGAAGGCGCCAGCAAGGCUGGCAGAGUCAAAAGGGACAGAGCUGGCAGGGACAGCUCAAGAAGCCCUUGUCCAAGUUCGCGCAGAAGCUACGUGGGACUGAUCCUUCGCUGAAGGUUUGGGUUGGAGGUCUUGCAGAGGGCACGACCUGGAAAGACGUAGAGAAGCACUUCGCAUCCGUUUCAAAGCCUACCUGCACAGAUAUUAUGAAGGGUGGAACCGCGGUUGUGGCCUACGGCAGCGUCGAGGACGUGGAGACGGCCGUAGCUUCCUUGAACGGCUCAGAGCUGAAGGGCGGAGUCCUGGAGGUAGAUGUCUGGGUCCAGAAGCCCAAGACCGAGAGAGCCGAGAAGGCUGCGAAGGAGGUGUGGAAGCAGCCUGCGGGGAAGCUGGUGAAAAAGUUGCCCCUCCCCAAGCAGAGCGCGGCAGGCAAGGGCAAAGUUGCCAAGGUCACGGGCAAGGGCACUAAGGGCACUAAGGGCAGUAAGGGCAAGACUGGCAAGGGAGAUGACAAGAUGAAGGAGAAGCUGGCGGCUUUCUCCGCGUCACAGAAGGUCUGGAUCGGAGGCCUGACAGAGGCCACCACAUGGAAGGAGCUGGAGGCUCACGUCGCGGUCAUCGCAAAGCCCAAGCUCACUCACAUCCACCGAUCCACGGGGAUCCUCGCGUUUGAACAGGAGAGUGACGUUAUCACGGUGAUCUCUUCACUAGACGGCAGCGAGCUGAAGGGCAACACGCUCCAGUUCGAUUACUGGACGAUGCCUGAGCGAAAGGGUAAGAAAGCCAAUGUCAAAGCCGAAGAAGAAGAAGAGCUGGAGUGA